GCUAGUUGCGAUUCUCCCUUUGAAACUGUGUCAAGUUAAAAUGAACAUUUCACCAUCUGUGUUGAAAUGUAGUCAGGCUGUAGAACAUAAGAUUUGAUUUCAAGCACCGCAGCUAGGUUCACAAUGUGUUGAAUCAUUUACCGUUAGAUUUACCUCAGAAAUGGCUGAAAGUGGUUCGCAGACCAGAGGUGCUGAAACAUUCACAAGACAACAUGGAGAAGAUCCCAAAUCUAGUGACGCUAAUCAGGGCAGGCGGAGAAGUAAACGCCGUUAUGGUGACAUUUUUAAUAAAGAAAAGGAUGACCAUUGUGUUACAAAGUCAAACAAAAGUCCAUGCAAUAAUGUGCCCGAUUCAUACAGUAAUGCAAAACAGGGCAAUGACAUAAGUUCAGUUGGUGAAGUUGCCCAUCGAAAGCCAAGAGAAAAUAGAUAUUGGAAUGUUGCCCAGCAGAUCUUGUCAAAGCGUGUAUGGGUCCGUCAACAUUUCUCACAAGAUACUAGGAGGAUGAAAAGAAGAAUGGAAUUUACAGUGAUGACCUACAACAUAUUGGCCCAGCGCUAUCUGAUGGACAAUAUGUACCUUUAUGGUCAUUGCCCCUCUUUUGUCCUUGCCUGGGAAUUUAGGAGGGACAGGUUACUCAAUGAGAUAACAUAUCACCGAGCAGAUAUACUUUGUUUUCAAGAAAUGGAACCAUGUGUUUUCAAGGACUUUCAGUAUCAAUUAAAACACCUGGGAUACAUCGGUCACUAUGUGAAGAAGACAGGAGAUAAGCCAGACGGCUGUGCCACCUUUUUCAAACGUAGAAAAUUUUCAUUAGCUGCUGUGAAGUGUGUCAGAUUUAAUAAGAAGGUUGACGUUCUUGAUAGAGACAAUGUUGCAUUGAUUCUUCUUCUGAAGGUUCACAGAUUUGGUCAUAAAAAGAUUGUUGUAGGCAAUACUCAUUUAUUGUUCAACCCAAAGCGUGGGGAUGUUAGACUUGCACAAACAGCCCUUCUUCUUUCAUCACUGGAAGAAGUGUCCUUUAAAAAGGAAACGGUAAGGUGGCCGGUUAUAAUGUGUGGAGACUUCAACACAGAUCCUUUCACACCUUUAUAUACAUUUCUUACGGCAGGUCACCUGAGAUAUGAAGGCAUACCUAGGCAUCUUGUGUCAGAAACAGAUUUCUUCACAAAUAAGGCUGUUUUACUGUCCAGGGUGUUAUUGCCACGGAGUUUGGGGAUCUCAGACCAAUGUAUUCGGGUUAAGAGCUUUUUGCAGAGGUGUAACAAACAGGGUACACAAUAUUCAAGGGACAAGGGUAAUGUUCAUAGUAAAAGAGGACUGGAGGACAAGGACACUGUUUCAUCCUUCAAUCAACAAAAGGAAAAGGAAAGUUCAGGUGAACAGAAUGAAGACAAAGGUGCUUCUUCAGAAUAUGGAAGACAAAAGAUUGAAACUUGUUCAGUUGGACAAAAGGAAGACAAAAGUGCUUCAUCAGAAACUGGUGAACAAAAGAAUCAAACUUGUACUGAUAAACAAAAUGAUGACAAAAGUGCUUCACCAGAAUCAGGUAGCCAAGAGAAUCAAACCUAUUCAGGUAGACAUAAUGAAGACAGAAAUACUUCAUUAGAAACUGGCAAACAAAAGAAUCAGACUUGCUCAGGUAGACAUAAUGAAGACAAAAACGCUUCAUCAGAAUCUGGCAAACAAAAUAAUCAAAUUGGUACAAAUAGACAAAAUGAGGACAAAAACCACACCUCACCACCUUCUGUGCAAAAAGAUCUUACUUGCUCAGGUAGACUACUUGAAAACAAAGACUCUGAUGAGAUAGUCGUCCAGAGUUUGUCUCAAAGAGAGUCUAAGGACCAAGAUUCAGACCCAAGAAUUCAUCAGCAGAAAGAUUGGAAUCAGUCAGAGAAAGACUUAACUUCACCCUUAAAUUCCUUGACAUUUGAAACUGGUCAGUUGAGUCAUACAUUGAAUUUAAGAUCUGUCUAUGACCACUGUCUUGGGUGGACAGGUAGACCAGGGGAGAGGGAAAUCACCACACACCACAGCCGUGCCAGUGCCACUGUUGACUACAUCUUUUACUCCACUAGUGGGAGCGGUCAGCAUUUUUCUGGAAACUUGCAGCUACGAGAUCAGUACAGCUUGCUCUCUGAUGAGGAUCUCAAGCAGCUGGGGAGUUUGCCAAACAGAUUCCUGGGGUCUGAUCACCUCUCUCUCUUGGCCAAAUUUGCAUUAGAUUGAUGAGGGGAUUUGGUACACAUGAUAGUGAUUUAUAUAGUAAAUUACGGUUGGCAGUUUUUUUGUUUGUUUGUUUUUUUUGCUAAGAAAAAACCCAAAAGUUGAAAAACACUCAAAGCUAUGUUAUCUUUAAAAUUCCUCAUUGGAUUGACAUUUACGAAUGCAAAUUACUUUUUUGAUGAUGUAAGUAUAUCACAGUAGAAUGCAUCAUUUCAGUUUUUUGAAUGGUUAUAUUUUAUUUAAUACUAUACAAAGUUUUGUACAAAAUAUGAAGAGGUUAAACAUUUAUCUAAAUCCUGCCUACUUUUUUAUAUGAAAACUAUUUUUGUAUUGAAGGUGAACUGGCUUGAAAUAUAGAAACCAAUAAAACCUCAAGUUAAAUGUG